AUGGUUUCAGAGAAAAAGUCUGCUGAAGUUAGUGGGAAAAAUUUAUGGAUAAAUGUCUGGAAUGGUGUAAGCUCGCUGCUGGAUUUCUUCGCUGUGUUGGAAAACCUUGGCGUAGUGGAUGAUAAAUUGUAUGUAAGUGGAGUAUUAAGAAAGGUUUGGCUGUGCUACUCGUGGAUUUCAGUGAUUAAGUGUGUAUGGAAACUAAUAAAUUUGUGCAAGGUCAAGUUUAAAAUUGAUCAGCGACUAAAUGGGCCGGGGAAUGGUCUAGUGAAGGAGAAAUUGAUGAAUUUUAAGAAAAGGUAUAGAGAUCAGAUUAGACAAAUCACUGCUACUUUGCUUCAGGAUUUGAGCUACUUAAUGGUUUUGAUUUAUCCUGGAACGAGGUUGUUCAAAAGACUAUCAAAUAUAAUAACACUCUGUAGAAUAAUUAUAUAA